AUGGCGGAGUCCCGUACGAGUCCGGUGUUGAGAGACCAGUGGAGUGCUGACCCAGACCGUGAUCCCCGUGACAGGGAGAGACGGAGAGGGCGAGGGUCAGGCCGCGAUCGAGGAAGGAACAGAGGUCGUGACCGUGGCCGUCCAUAUCGGCCCAAUAACCGCAAUUUCGAUCGCCCGGGGCGGUCGCCACCACGCGCGUCCCGCUUUGGCCCUGACUCCUCUCACGACUUCGGUGAUUUCGCUCCGGAUCGAUCUCCUCGUCGAGGUUCUCCUCCACCCCCAAACUUUCACAACGGCCGUCGACUAGAUCCAACGCAAACCGUGUCAUCGGCCGGCAAUUGGAACGCUCACCCUUCCGCACCUUUCGAUAGGGAAGCCCCCGGACUCGAAGCCUCUCACCACAUAGCCGCCGUGGCUAUCUCCCCCCGCCGCGUCCAAACUACCCGAAUCACGGUGAAGGACAGGACCGAAGCCCUUCAUUCAAGAAACGAGGUGGCCGCACCCAAGGUCGUGGUGCUCCCAGGCGAAGAUCACCACGCCGGGGCCGGGACCGUCGAGGAAAAGACCGUCGUCGUCCAGAAAUCUCACGUCCUGGAAGAUCCAGGUCACCAAUUGAUGAACGAGGGUUUCAUCCUUCGCCUGAUCGACGGUCUCGUACCCCUGGUGGUGACAAUUACAGCGACCACGGAUCUCACUAUCGAUCGAACUCACGGCACUCCGUCGAGGCGUAAUUCGGCGAUGAACACAACUCGACCAAUCCAGUCUGUUGUGGACGGUGCGGGUCGGUCUCCAUCUCCACCGCGUCCGAUUCCGAGUUUUGACUCUGAUAAUUUCGGCUCUACUGGAGAAAAUUCUACUCAUGCGCAGGAUGGGUUCCCAAUGCAUUCAAUGCGCUCUGAUGUGAAUAACCAGCCUCGCCGUCGGCCGUCUCGACCACGUCUUGAUAGCCGGCCCUAUGCAAACCCUCAAAACCAAACGUCGACAGGCUCAUACCACGGUUCGCCGCAACCACCAUCACCUUACUCUGCAGGGCGAGGAGGAUGGUCUGGCCCACCUUCGUAUUCUGGACCUGGUCACACCUCUCCUUAUCGACAUGAUGACUAUUCAUCACACAAUGGGAACUAUUAUCACAACCAAGGUCAAUCUAACGGCCCUGGCAAUCAUCAUCCUCAAUCUCCAUAUGGCGGGCCCCCCACCGAGGUGGCCACUCUGGUGGCGGUCCUCGAGGAAACUUUUCAAACCAGGGUCCCGAUCGGCGAUUUUCUGGCUCUGGUCCUCAUUCAUAUCACAAUGGACCCUCACAACGCGGCGCGAGAGGACAUUUCAACAACCUGCAAUGGACCGCAUCGGGAUCACGAGGCCGUGGGGGACAACAUAGCCCCCGCCCGGCACAUAGUCAUGGAUCACAAACUCCUAAUCGACCACAGUCUCACAAUGACCCACAAUCCCCCCGAGCUGGCGAGAGUGAUAGUCAUUUCCGGCCACCCAAUAGGGAUGAAGAGGAAAACCAGACCCAACCUCAAUCCGCUGGCGGAAACCUCCAACCUAUGCCACCCCCGACCCACGAAUCCAAUGAAACGACACCAGCAAACAAGGGCGGGAAGUUCAGCUUUGCUUUCAAGUCAAAGGCUGCACCUUCUCCCGCUCCAAAGCCGGUACCUGACCUUGCCCAGAGGAUGCAGAUCCGCCAGCCGCCCCCCCCGUGCACCUGAACCACCCCAACAACCUCGCAACAGGUUUACCAAUGGGCCAUUGCCCAAAUUCAAACCUGAGUCAAGGGCCGAUCGCCGUGACCGGGGUGGGCGAAAUCGUGAUCGAGACCGCAGAGAUUUCCGGGAGCCACGAGAAUUCCGUGAUCCGCGGGAUCGAAGAGAUGAUCGCCGAUUCGAUCAACGUCGUGAUCGACGACAAGGAGAAUGGCCUUCAGACAGACCCUCAGACUGGCAAGAUCGUCGCCGUGACCCUUCCCUGGAACCGCCGAGACAGGCACCGCCACCCAAGCAGAAGCGGAUUCUUACUCGACCCAAACCACGCCCCACGCUUCCGGAGGAGUUUGCUAAUGCCGAAUCUGUGUAUUACCGAAAGCCAGGCAAUGAGUCUGUGAUCGGCGCCGGAACAUAUGGAAAAGUGUUCAAAGGAAUCCACGUCUAUACCCAGCGCAAAGUUGCACUCAAGAAGAUCCGAAUGGAGGGCGAGAAGGAUGGCUUCCCGGUCACGGCUGUUCGAGAGAUCAAGCUGCUCCAGCAUCUUCGAAAUCAUAAUGUCGUCAGCCUCUUGGAGGUCAUGGUUGAAAAGAACGAAUGUUUCAUGGUCUUUGAAUACCUCUCUCACGAUCUGACUGGUCUGAUAAAUCAUCCUACCUUUUCCCUCACUCUUUCACACAAGAAGGAUCUGGCGAAGCAGAUGUUCGAAGGUCUCAAUUACCUUCACCAUCGUGGGGUUCUCCAUCGUGACAUCAAAGCAGCCAAUAUAUUGAUCAGCAAUCGUGGACUGUUAAAGUUUGCCGACUUUGGCCUGGCCCGGUUCUUCUCUAAAAGUCGUCAACUUGACUACACCAACCGGGUCAUUACCAUCUGGUACCGACCUCCGGAACUCCUCUUGGGAGAAACCCGAUAUGGUCCUGCUGUCGACAUGUGGAGCGCUGCAUGCGUUUGCAUGGAGAUGUUCACCAAAAAGGCGGUUUUCCCCGGUGAAGGUGGCGAAUUGAGCCAGAUGGACAAGAUCUACAAUGCUUUGGGUACACCUACGAAGACUGAGUGGCCGGACCUUGUGGAGAUGCCUUGGUUCCACCUGAUGCGGCCAACAGAACGAAGGAAGCGCGUUUUCGAGGAUGUAUACCGUGAUGUGUUGACAACCUCUGCGAUGGAUCUUAUCUCCUCAAUCUUCCGUUACGACCCUUCGCAGCGGCCGAGCGCGGAGGAUGUUCUCAAACAUCCCUACUUCGUAUCGGAGGAACCAGCUCCUCACCCACCGAUCGAAUUGGAGCACGUUGAAGGGGACUGGCAUGAGUUUGAAUCCAAGGCGCUCCGCAAGGAAGCCCGGCGCGUGGAGUACCAGAACCAAAAGGACCGCGACAAGCGCAAGGCCGACGCUUCGGUGCCCAGCAGCGAUCGGGAUUCCAAGCGAACCAAGCAAGAUUCAAGUGAUCGUGUCUCUGCCCAGUGA